UCCAACGUAUAGUUGAUGUCGUUGAUACUGCAUCGUUAGUCGUUCGGACGCCUGUGUUCAUGUAUGUGAGUUUUCCAAGUGAAAUAUAAUGGUAUAUGGAUUAAAAAAUACGAAUUAACAAGUGCAAUUUUGGAGAUAUUACGGGGAUAUAAUAAUUGUUUCUUUUGACGAAAUAUUAUCAUCAACUUCUGCUAUUUAGUUGGUAUUUUAUACAUUUUGACGUCAUAGUAAUUUUCUUUUAUUUUUAUGACUUAACAUUAGAGUCCUUGUAAAGUAUAAUUUGUACCUUUGCAUUAUACAUCACUCAAAUGGAUAAGAUGGAUUCGUUUAUCGCACCACAAUGGAUGGAUUUUACUGAAAGCAUUAGUCCACAGAUACCAAUGAAAGAUUAUUUUGACAAAGAACAUGCGAUACAUGGACGUAUAGUGGAGCUUGGUGACUUGCCUAUGGAAAAUGCUGAGAAUAUAUCAACUAAUAUACUAUGUGUGAGCAAAGAGGCACAACAGGAUCAGGAUAUUAUAAAGAAUGCUCCUGUUAUAGUUGUUUCCUCAAAAUAUCGCAAAAAGACAGACAAAACAGAAACAGGACAAAUCACUUAUGAUGAUGUGCUUACUGAUGCGAUGGAAAAAUUAAAACUCUGUAAAAAGCCGCUUAAAUCUAAAGAUAUGCUAAGCAAAACCAUCCAGGAUCCUACUUUUAAAACACCAAAUAUGUUUACCACAAAAUCAUCUAGAUCUGUCGGCUAUCGUAGCGUACCAAACAAGUCUGUUCAAUGUAAUACUGCACGUAGAUCCGUGAGAACUGAUAAAGAUGUUUGUACAUUAGAGAAGAAUAAUGAUAUAACUCCAUGUAAAACAAAAGUAUCGACCAGUUCUCUGUGUGAACAAGAUAAAGCUAGUGUAAAAGAUGAUAUUUUGGAAAAAGCAGAUGUUCAAAUAAAUGACCAUGAGAAUGAGGGAGAAGAAUAUACUGUAAAAGAAUAUACUGAGGAACAUGAACAGAACAAAGGAGAAGAUCAAAUAGCAUCACAUGAUAAGGAAGAACAAAUGGAUAAUGACAAAGAAGAACAGAAUGAUGUGGAUGCCAUAAUUGGGAAACAUAGUCAUGCGCAAUCCCAUAAAUCGCGUACUUCUGUCCUCACAUGGAAGAAUGGCAGACGAAGCUUGAACAAGCACCGAGGGUCCAAUCGUUUUGUCAGUCUGGCAGAAGCAGUGUUACGCUUCCAAAAUGAUAUACCUAAGCGCUUUCGCACUAAGUCUAACAAGGACCCUUUAGGAACGUCGCAAAAUCCAUCGUUGAAGUCGUCACUACAUCAUCGUCUAAAGCCGACGAUACCGAUUUCGCCAGCGCUUACGUCAAAGAAUAGGAUACGCGGAGUUACUGUACUGAGUCAGGAAGAGCGUGAAAAGCUGGAAAUGAAGGAGAUGAAAAAACAUCAGAUUAAGGCAAAUCCUGUACCACUCAGUGUUCUGCGAGGUCCUGCACGUCCUGUAUCAAAAGCCGUCGCGAAGAAACCCACAUUAGCCAACGUUGCAGAGAACUCUUCCUCCGCUUCUAUGACGCAGCAUCCUGAGAAAACUGCUACUAACAUCUCGGCUCGGCUCAAGAAUUCUGCAACCCUGCAUCAUGAUAAAAUGUCGAUGAAGAAUACUGUUACAAAGGUAUUAGUAACUGAUCCCACUGGAAUCAUUGUAGAAUACGAAAAGAUACCGUAUUUCGGUGUGCCCAAAGACGGCACUGCGAGAAGCGUAACGCGUGUUGUACCGUUCAGCUUCGAGGCACGCAACAAGGAUCUGCAAAUGAAAAAAGAACAACGAUUAAAGAGUUUGCAGGAGGCGAGCAAAGCAAAGACGGAAUUCCACGCUAGACCGAUGCCGAAUAUCUCCAAGCCACCGUUAACCACGCCGCUACCGGCUAUAAAGCAGCAGAAAGAAAAGAGGAAGACAAUGAUGCAGCAGUGUCCAUUCAGUUUCGAGGAGCGUGACAAGAAUUUGUCGAAGAAGAAGGAAGAACUGGCGAAGCAGAUGCUUAAAGAAGACAAGCAGAUGCGUAUGUUUCACGCGAAGCCAGCACCGAUUUUCAAGCCCGUAAUGGUGCGCGGUAUAUCUAAGGAAUACUUAUCGAUGAAGGAGAUCACGAAAACGGAAAAGGAGCAUAUGAUGGAUAAAUAUGACGACCAAGAAAACGAAAAACCAAAUAUUGUUUCUACCGAGAAGACGCAGGAAAGCAAAUGUAUGCAGAAAACGAAGAAGAGGAUCGCAUGUAUUACUGUCGAUAAACACAAUGUAAAAGACAAAAGACCAGAAGAAAACACUAUAAAAACAACCUUACCGCUAGAAUUGAACACUGACAAGAGAGCAAAGGAACGACGCGAGUUUGAUGAGAAAAUGAAGCGCAAAGAAAUGGAGGAGGAGACUAAGCGUGAGGAAGAGAAGAAAAGGCAGCAAGAAAACGAAAAACAGAUGAGAGCUGAACAGCGCAAGUUGAUGGAGGUGAAAGCUAGACCCAUGCCGACAUAUAAAUCAUUGAUCAUCACUAAAGCAGCAAAACCGUUAACGGAACCACAAAGUCCUGCGUUAAGUAACAAAUACAGAUCAAAACAGCCAUGAAUAAAACGCAAUAUAUUAAAAUUGAUUAAAAUAUUCUUUUGUUUUCGUUUCUUCUGGUUGUUUGUAUCUAUUCGAUUUUCAAGAAUUUACCAUGCUUCAUUACAUAGCCCUAGAUAAAAAGUAGCGUUAGUUUGAUAACAUAUAUUUUACGGGUUUCAUAAUGGGAUAUAUGUAUAUUUAUGUAAAAGUUAUAACUAUGUAAUAUUAUGAAGUAUACAAAUAAAAGUCUAUCGUGAUGUCUUUCUAA